UAAGGAAAAAUAUAUUCUUCAAAACAAAAUAUUUAAGAAGCAAUAAAUAUUUUAUAAGAAUUAAAUCCUUCAGAAAAAUAUGAUCCUUAAUUAGUUGAUUGUUAUAUGAGUUUUGGGAUUGUAUAUUUUUAAAACGAUGAAAUAUAAAACUCAAUAGAAAGCUUUCAAAAGGCUUUUGAUAUAUAAUAAAUAAUAGAUUAAAACCAUCCUAUAAGUAUUUAUAGAUUUAUAAUUUUAAUUAAAUAAAAAAUAAGAUGGACUCAUUUUAGAAAAAUUAUCAAAAUCUUAUUCUAGAUAAGGUUCAAUUUAAAAAGCAAUUUCUUUGUAUGAAAGGGCUUUGACAAUUAAAUCAUAUACCGAAGAGCCAGAAAGUAAGAUACUAACGAAUUAUUUAAUUUAAUGUAAUUUAUAUUUUUAGGUAUUUUACUAUAUAACUUUACGUUGCAUUUAGGGGAUAAAGGUUAACUAUAAAAAUCAAUUUUAAUUACUCAACAAGCUUUACAAAAUAAUAAGUAUUUGAUGCCUGUACCUUUAUACGUUAAUGCUUUGUUAGAUAUUAAUUAUUAAAAUUUAAUUAACAAAUUAAAAAAAUAAGAAGCAAUGAAGAUUUAAGAACAGAAAAAAUGAAAAAACUUUGUGCUUAUAUUUUUUUAUUUUUUUUUCAAAUAGUUUUAAUUAAAAAAUCACUUAUAAUAUAGAUGUAUUUUUAUGUUAAUAUUUUGUUAUUUUUAUAUUAUCUGAUUUAUUAUAAAUCCAUAAA